AUGUUUGAUGGUCGCCGCUCGGUAGGGACAUUCCAUGUUGAUGAAGGCAAACGGUUCCUCUCCUACGGGUGGGUGCAGCGUGGUGCCCAGGUGCAGGUCGACAACGGUGGAGUGCACUUCAUAGACUGCUCUGCCAUCAGCCUUUCAGGUGUCGACAACAGAGCAGCCAGCCGGAGUGCCUACGAAGCCUUAGGAAUUCAGCCCACGGCCCUGCAGAAGAGGAGAUUCACUGCCAGCUGGCGUGAGACGCUGCAGUGGGUCGAGGAAGCAAAGGGAGUCAUGUCGGUGUCUGGUGCUGAUCAAGCAUGGUUGACUUUCCGACGCCACUUCCCAGAUCCACCAGCCGCCGCGCCUCCAGUUCGUCCUCCUUCACCACGAAGAGAUCAGCCUAGCAGUCCUGAAGGUAUCUCUGAGAACGACUUGGAGGAACUACUGGUUGAUGUGUUCGACGUGGUUGACGAUGAUGGCGUUUCAUGGGAUCACCUUGUUUCUGCCUCCAUGGAUGCGCCGGUGGAAGACGACACCAUGGAAGCAUGGGUUCAGAGGUUGGAGGUUAUGAGGACAGCUGGCUGCAGUGACCAGUCGCUGAACACAGCCUUCGAAGCCUUGGAGAUGCUCAGGAUUGGUCUUCCGAAACCCGAUCCUGGUUAUGUGGAGUCAGUUGCUGUGGAGGAGAUCAUACUCUUCGCAUAUACAGGAGUUCGCUUGGUGAUCCAGGCUGCGAGAAGCCUAGGGAGAGCUGCACUGCGAACCUUCGCCCAGCGAGCCGAAAGAGCAGCCGAAAGAGCUGCUCUGACUAAAGCGGCCCAGCGUGCUCGGGUAGGUUCUGCACUGAAGGAAGAUGCAUAUCAUCGAGCUGUGAGUUUUAUCAUGCCCCAGAUGAUCAGGAAUGGCAAACACUUCAUCUUCCGCAGCGGCGAUGGCACAUUGAAGCGAUUGACGCAGAUGCUGGGUGAGGUCAACGGGAAGAAGGGCGUGUUCGAGGUGAUUGUGGGCCGAAAUGGACAGAUUGAGCACCAGAUGUUCCGGGUUGGAGGGGCGAUUACUGGCAAGCCCCAAGGCUAUGGGCGCACCCUCACUCCAGUAGUGACAGAGCUCCACUAG